UAGUUUACUUUUGAGUUAACGCGGCACUGUGUAACGAAAAAUAUCGAUAAUUAUCUAAACAUCGAUAACAACAUAAUACCAUCUCUUGCGCCAGUAAACAUUGUUUUCAUUGUACUAGCCACGCACUAGCUGCUUCGUAGACAGCUGCGGAGUAGAGUUUUCGUGUGGGCAAUUGUGUUCGUUACAGCUGACACUGGUUACUGUAAACGCAUCUUUCCAUUUGAAUUGGAUUAGUUUGUGUGUAAUUCACUAGAAAUAUCUUUGUACCAUCAUGUCGGACAAGCCCGCAAAACGAUCUCGCAGAACAAGCGCUCCUCAAUGCGAUUGCGAUUGUGCUAAAACGGUCAAGAAUUUGGAGGAUCACUUUAAAUUAUUGACGGAUUUGGUGGUUACUGUAUCCCAUAAAAUAGAUUCUCUCCAAGAAAUAAAUAACGAAAUGCAAUCGCAACUCACAGCUGUAUUUCAAGCGCUGCAGAAUCAAAAAGCUGAGAAGGACAACUUCAUAGAAAGUAUCGCGGACAAGCAAUAUGAUAAAGUCUUUACGAAACCCAAGUUUCCCAUUAAUUCUGCAGAAGAAAUGGAGAUGAUUGAUAAGAACAUAGAUAUGUUAGAUGUAGAAAAUAUUGCGUCAACUAUGGCGCGUUUACUACAACCGCAUGGAGUUGAGAAACAACUGCGAAACAUUUUUACUGAUGAUUUUGUUAUGGCCCAUAAUUUAGAUGGCGUUCAUGGCAAAUUGGCGAUUAGGUCUUAUAAAAAUUUUUGUGAAGUUCUUAUUGAGGCAAUUGACGCAACAUGUGGAACCGGAUCUUCGGAAGAUCAGUUGCGCAGGGCAUUACAGAGACAAAAGAAAAGAGUUUUCCGAAGAAGAAGCCACCCAGUAAAAACUGAGACCACCGAAACAUUUGAAUCAGUGUAUUUUUAAAAAAUGUAAUGGUUCGUUUUCCAUCUUACAAUUAAAAUAAGUUAAGAUUGAUUCAAAAUCAUUAGCUGAAUUCGAAACAAUAAGAUUGAAUAAAGUUAAUA